UGACUGAUUUGAACGCAACACACUAGUAGUACCAGCUGCUCAUGUUAGGAGGGGGCGGGGUGAGCAGCGCUGUUGGAUUGUUCAGCCAUGUUAGUUCUCUGCUGUUACCAAACGAUGCGAGUGUGGAGUCAUGGCCUUGUCACUGAGCGGAGACGAUGAGGAGUACGAUUCAGAAUCAGAACAGCAGCGAGCAGCCAAUCGGCCAAAGCCCAAGAUGGCAGCGACUUCAGCUGUUAAACUACCGCCUAACCGCAGCUCUUCAGGUGCGAGACGUCGGCGCACACGCUGCAGGAAGUGCGAGGCCUGUCUCCGGACCGAGUGUGGAGAAUGUCACUUCUGCAAGGACAUGAAGAAGUUUGGGGGUCCGGGCCGCAUGAAGCAGUCCUGUAUCAUGAGACAGUGUAUUGCACCCGUCCUGCCUCACACGGCGGUGUGUGUGGUCUGCAAAGAGGCCGGGAAGGAGGACACUCUGGAGGAGGAAGAGGAUAAGUUCAACUUCAUGUUGAUGGAGUGCUCUAUCUGCAAUGAGAUUGUUCACCCACACUGCCUAAAGGUGACUGAAGCCUCAGGCGUGGUGAACGACGAACUUCCAAAUUGCUGGGAAUGUCCCAAGUGCAACCAUGCGGGAAAAAGUGGGAAACAAAAAAGGGGUCCGGGUUUCAAGUACGCCUCCAACCUCCCUGGCUCUCUGCUGAGGGAACAGAAGCCUGUGAAGGAGGAGGGGGAUGUAUCUUCAGCCCUCAAGAGGAGACCUGAUAAAGAGGACAUGCCCAGGUUCAGACCGGACGAGACUCUUCACCGACAGCCACCGUUGCUCACACCCAGCAGCCUCCCCAGACCUCGACCUGAGGACAAGCUGAGGAAGAAGAGGAAGCUUUUUGAGGAGGAAGAUGAGGAGGAUCUUGCUGGGAGGAAGCGGGAAAGGCCAGAGGACCCAUUCUACCCAAAGUUUCUGCAUCAAAUAAAGGUGGAAGAGGGCCAUGAAGAUGGGUACGAGGAGGAUGAUGAUGGCAGGGAGGCUCACUUCAGAAGUUUCAUGGAGAGGCGAGGUCAUUUGGGCGCCCUCGAUGACAAACUGGAUGACAAGAGCGAGCUCUUUAACCAGUCUCUCAGAACUCCCCUGGCAGACAGCGACCAGUCUCUCUGCAGUUCUCCACAAGCCGGCCCCAGUAGCGAGGGUGGUAGUGAGACUCAGGAAAAGGGCCCUCGCCCAAAAGCCCGUCGCAAGCGUCGCCUGCCAAACAGGGAGCUGAGUCGAGAGCUGAGCAAAGCCCUGAACCAGGAGAUCCAGAAGACCGAGGAUUGCCUCGCCAACGAGAACCGCCAACCCAUGAAGGUGGAGCCCGAGUCGGAAAAUGAGGAGCCCAAGCGGUUGUUCCGUAACGGCGGAGAAAUGGGCGAUCAGAGAGCCCACCUCAAGACCAAAGAGAUGAACGGGACCCCAUGGGAACUGCGCCACUUCUACCCGAGUCAGAUUACGCCGCUGGGCUUCAACCGGAGCACGCCCACGAGCCGCCCUGUGCCGCCACGCUCCCCGCCAAAAUGUGUCCAGAUGGAGCGGCAUGUCAUCAGACCGCCUCCUAUUAGCCCGACACCCGACAGACUCCCUCUGAAAGACAAUAAAACUCAUCCAUUACAACGCGAGGUCUGGAUGAAGAUCUUCAGCCACCUGACACACCAGGAUCUCUGCGUGUGCAUGAGGGUCUGCAAGACCUGGAACCGAUGGUGCUGUGAUAAGAGACUGUGGACAACAAUUGUGCUGAACCGGUGCAACUCCAUCACUCCUCUGAUGCUGAGCGGCAUCAUCCGACGACAGCCAGUUUCCCUCGACCUCAGCUGGACCAACAUUUCUAAAAAGCAACUGAGCUGGCUCAUCAACAGAUUACCAGGGCUGCGGGUCUUGAGGUUGUCAGGAUGUUCGUGGGCAGCCGUUUCUGCUCUCUGCACCUCCAGUUGUCCCCUGCUGAGAACCCUGGAUGUCCAGUGGGUGGAGGGUCUCAAAGAUGCGCAGAUAAAGGACCUCUUGUCUCCUCCCACCGACAACAGACCAGGUCAGGUCGACAACCGCUGCAAGUUAAGGAAUGUGGAGGACCUCCGACUGGCGGGUCUGGACGUCACUGACGCCUCCCUGCGUCUCAUCAGUCGGCAGAUGCCCCUGCUGUCCAAACUGGACCUCAGUUACUGCAACCAUGUCAACGAUCAGUCGGUCAACCUGCUGACUGCAGCAGGCACCACCACCCGAGACUCGCUCACAGAAAUCAACCUGUCCGUCUGUAACCGGGUCACGGAUCAUUCCCUCAACUUCUUCAAACGCUGCGGAAGCAUCUGCCAAAUUGACCUUCGCUUCUGCAAGCAAGUGACCAAGACGGCGUGCGAGAGGUUCAUCGCAGAGAUGUCAGUGAGUGUGCCGUUCAGACUGAAGGAGGACAAGCUCCUGGAGAAGGCCAGCUAGUUCCUGAGAGGACCUGGUAGAAUCACAGACUCUAUGCACUUCAUGGAACCUGUUUUUCAUAUGGCUCCCUCUUUUGUCGGCAUCAUAAUGAACAGACAGGCUCAAGUCGAACGGACUAUAAAGAAGAGAAGGUAAGAAAGGAUCGCUCACUGAAAAAUAUUGCAUGCAUCUAUGUUGAAGCUUUUCUAAAAAAAAAACGUGUUGUAAUUGACUUUUCAGUUGUUGAUUUUUGGUCUUAAACAUUUAAAAACAGUAUUUUUAUAUGAGCCUUAUAUUGAGUUUAACUGUUUUUGACAAAGACAUAUCAUGCCCCUUUCCUGCUUCUCUGAGACAAGUAAUUCUGACCAUUAAAAGAUCUUGAUCUAAUGUACAGUGAUUAAAUAUUAGACUAAAUUAUAACAUUAUCCAGAAUGUAUUUCACCUCACACUACUGUCCCCCUCUCCUUAUUCUUUUCAAAUAUCGUUUUGGGAAUUUGUCAGCAGUUGAACAUUUUAUUUAUUACUUUUUUUUUGUAUUUAUUAAUGUAUUUAGCGGCAAGUAUUUGGGGGUGGGGACAUCGAUUACUGAUUCUCUCUGGCACUGAUAAUCUUACAAUUACAGUCAGACGCACAUAUCCAGUUGUUCUUCCACAUUUAAGACGCAACUGUCUCGACCUCCACACCUUCUAUGGGAUGUCUUGUGCUGUGAUUGAUAAGUUAUUGCCUCAGGUGAAUGUGGUAAUGUUUAUAUUUGUAAAUCCAAAUGCUAUGUGCUAAUAUGCAUUAAAACAACUUCAUUUGUACCAGAAUGCUUUGUGUUUUGUUGU